GGAGAUGUUAAUAUGAUUUAUGCUGCCAUCAGAUUUGUAUUACUCAUGUUGAGCUUAUCUCUUACAAUGAUGUCCAUCGGAUUCCUUGUUGGUGUUGCUCUGGUUGCGAAAGAUCGUUUUUGGCUUUCCUACACUGUUCUGGCCAUCGAUUCAACCUUCAUCAUCACAUAUCACAGCUCAUUAUUCCACUUGCCGCCCCAAUUUCCUUUAGGAAUCGCUUCAUCUUACUUGCAAACUUCACUAUGUUGAUGUCUGUAACUACAUAUGACAUCCACCUCGAUCAAGAACAGACCUAGGAUUCUAAAAUGAACCUCAGAAAACUAAAAUGGAUCUCUAGUCCCUUAAUUGAUAUAAUGCGAGGAUUGCUUUCUUAGAUAUGCAUGAAAUUAGCCCCAAGAAUACAUGGAUUAUUAUGGUGAAACAUUUCAUUCUCUCUUCGUAUCUAGAUGUGUCCUAAUAUUUUCUUGUAGUUCCACUGCCUCUCAAUUAGUAUGAAUUCCUCCGACAUGCCGCCAAUUGAAAAGCAAAAACAGAGUAAUGUUGUGGGUUUGAUACAUUUAUUCACCUUGGAGCUACACUUAAGAUUUGGAUUAAGAGGGCGACAGAGUCUGCUGAAAGUUGUGUGAAAGACUUCAUCUUUGGAUAAAAAAGGCAACCUGGAAGAGAAAUUGAGAAGCUGGCCCUUAACAGUGCAAAGGAACAUCAUUAGUCUUAUUUUUUUUAAACAAAAAUGAACAUCCUUAGUUUAAUAGGCAGUUAACAAUGUAUUGAGAAUGAUUCUACUGUUCUUGUUAGUUGCAUGUGGUGAUAUUUGGACUCUAUGUUUGUUUUGCAGAUUCACCUAUGAUCUUCACCUUGCUGCUGAGAUAAAACCAAACUCAGUAUGGAUAUGAUUCUUGGGUCGCCCAAAGCUCAAAAUCUGCUCCUCAUCUUGAAAACAUGCACAGUGCUUUGCAAUUUAUUGGAUUUGAACAAUCCUCUCAAGUUUGCAAAAUUUAUUGGAUAUGAUUUUUAUAUGUUUUUUUUGUUUGGGUCAAGGAUAUGAUUUUUAUAUGUAGUGGAGGUUGUUUUUGGCGGGUACUCAAUUCAGUUAGCUGAAUGAGCACCUAUCAGACACACUGAGUCCCUUGGUUCAAAUGAACGGUGCUCAUUUUAGAGUACUCAAUCAUGUUAGGAGGUAACAUCUAGCAAGUUUUCAUUGGGCACUGGUAUAAUAUUGAGAGUGUUGGUGAUUUCAUUUAGACAAGUUAGUUCAUUGGUAGGGCAUUUGAGCAGUGUUUUAUAAUUUUGGAAUUCUCUGCAUUAUUUUGGAAUCCUCUGUAGUGAUUUGUCGGCUUGUUGAGGGGUGUGGUGGACCACUAGAGGGACACCUAAGUACAAAGUUUAUGCUACCAUUUGCAAUUGAGAAUCCUUAUAGAGCCUCCUAAAGGCAUGCCAAUUGGUUGUGCAUACAGUAAUGUAGAGUCUUCUCCAAUAAAUUCUUUCAAUUGGUUAUCAAGUAAUGUGGCUUUCAAUCUGGAGUUUCAAGCCAAAUUAGAUUUGACACUUCAAUACUUAUCAAAGUUGAUAAGAGAGCAUCCAAGCUGGGUAGAUAUCGCUUUUGGAUCUUCUGAAGCUAGUACAUGUGUAAAGGAAUACAAAAAUCACGAAUAUGUAAAAGUUCUUGAAUCUUUCCAACAGAAGUUAUACACUGUAGUUCAUCUGUUGGAGCAGAAGUUUUCAGUGGUUCCCUUCCAUCUUAUUAGUCUGAUUUUAAUAUUGCUGCACAAUCGUGGACAAUGGUUCGUUGGAUUUGAUAUAUUACAUGGAUACACUUCUCAACAUCAUGAGCUGGAUAAAAGCCAAACAGUUGACAGAUUCUUAUCAUAUGCUCUUAUGCAUGAGCCACUUUUGAAGGCCACCAGAGAAACUUCCCUUUUGUUUUCACGCGUUAUUGCGGCCUGCGGUAUAACUUGCUCUAUACUGAAGUCACAUUAUAUUGAAAACAAUUUGUCUGGCGAUAGUAGAUCUAUGAGUUUGGUAAGGACAAUACUACUGCAACUUAUGGAGUACUGCCUGCUGCAAAUGUCCCCGCACCUUAUGCUCUUGGAUCUAUAUCAGCUUCACAGUUUGACCGCUGUGGACAUAGAUUCGCUACUGCUGCCUAGGAUGGAACUGUAUGCACAUGGCAGCUGGAGCGAUGUUGCUUAUGUUACUUCAAGUGGAUCAAUCAUUACUGUUGUUGGAUAUAGCUCCAAUAAUGUUAAUGUGGUUAUAUGGGAUACAUUGGCUCCACCUUCCACAUCACGGGCUUCUAUCCUUUGUCAUGAAGGUGGCGCACACUUUCUUUCUGUGUUUGAUAAUGACAUAGGAAGUGGCUCUAUCGCCCCCCUUAUUGUGAUUGGCGGUAAAGGUUGUGAUGUUGGACUUCAUGAUUUCCUGUACAUUGCUACUGGAAGGAGUAAAAGGCAUAGGCAUUCUGAUAAAGGUGAACAAGUCAUGAAGUCAUCAUUGAGUAUUGAUAUGCAUCCUGGAAAUAGUACCAAAUUUGGGGAACAAAGUCAAAAUGGAAUGCUUUGGUAUAUACCAAAGGCUCACUCAGGGGGUGUCACCAAGAUGUCUAUAAUCCCAAAUACCAGUUUGUUCUUAACGGGAAGCAAAGACGGAGAUGUUAAGCUUUGGGACGCCAAGAGAGCUAAGUUGGUAUAUAACCGGCCGAAAUUGCAUGAAAGGCACACAUUUUUGUAACCAAGCACUCGAGGCUUUGGUGGAGUAGUCCAUGCAAUAAUGUGAUGAAGUCUUAUAUCGGUAGUUAGACAUGGUAAAUGAUUUCCAUUAUGUCAUAAGAUAUAAAACAAGUGUCAGCUGGCCACCUGUACCAAGAUGACACCACAUUCCAUGUCGCAGGCUGCUGUUACGGAUAUGAAAGUUGUCUCACAUGGUUCUCUCUCAUGUGGUGGAGGCGGAACUGUAAAAGCUGGUUCAACUGAAAGACCACCAACAUCAGACAUGAUGAAGUUGAUUAUAAGUUACAUAUGAACUCUUGGAAAAUCAUUCAUGCGUAGUAUGUCUGCGGAAAGCACUGAAUAUUACUAAACUGCCCAACUGUUCAAGGUUGGUGAGAAUGAGAGAGACUCCCGAACAUUGGUUGAUUGUUGCUUAACACUAGCGUAUACUAUAGUCAACUCUGCAGACAUUUUGGAUACCUACCACUCGUAAUCAAAGCAACUUCUGAGGCUCAAAGCUUCCAAACUUUGUACCUAUUUUGAUUAGUGACAAAGGAGAGUAUACUAUAAACAAUAAGCUGCUUCUGCUUGAAGGUGUCUGCUAGGACCAUACAAUAGAAAAGAAAUUUGAUA